CAUUCGAGCAGCGUCACGCGAUGGCGUCGCCAGCCAGCAGCAGUAGCCUCUCGGAGGCGGACCUGGUACUCGCCAAGAAGGAGCACCAGCGCCUCCGCAACCGCCUGAAGCAGAAGCGCCACCGCGAGCGCCACAUCUCGGAGCGAGAGAUGCUCCAAGCGCAGAUCCUCGAGCUCGGCCAGCUCCUCACCGCCGUCUCUCGGCGUGGUAACGCUACCGCCCAAGCCACGCUGCACAGGCUACGCAGCGAGUACAAUGCGACGCGCCACGUGGGCGAAGCCAUGACGGCGUGGGUCGCGUCCAUGUGCACGCGGGUCCUCCCGCUCGCCGGCACGCCCUUUGGGUGGACCAAGACGUCGCUGUUGGCCGACCCUGCUGCGCGCAAGCUCGGCCUCGACUGGUUUAGCCAGCACCUCUACCACAACACGGACCGCAUGGCCGCGUACGCGCAGUUUCCAUCGACGGGCGCGGUCGUCGACAACGUGCUCCUGGAUGUUGGCAAUGGCCACCUCGACCUCGUUGGGCGUAUCCAGGUCGAGUACGACCUUUCGCUGCUCGAGACGUACGACGCGCUCAAGGGGCCGAUCUGGUCCAUGAUGCAAGGCGAGACGGGCGUCUAUUUUUCCGAGUUUCUCGACACCGAGCUCACCAGCGCCAUCUCGCCCGACAAAAUGCUCUAUCGACGUAAUGUGCGAAGCGAGCGCGAGACUAACUACUACGUGUGCCGCGAGUUUAGCACCGACGACCGCAUCGUCUUUACCUUUGGAAAUUUCUUCCAAGACGACCGACUGCCUGAGAACGUCGACUGGCGCCCACGCAUGUUUUGGUAUGUGCUCGAGCGCGCGAGUCCCACCAAGACGCGGCUGCGCGUCAUGCUCUACAACGCCCCUUACCUGAAAGACGGGAAGAUGGUGUCGUGGCAGGACGAGCUCCUCGAAGACCAUGGCAUCGACUGCAGCCUCCUCGACCCCGACGUUGCGUUUCGCAAAUGCCAGCAACUCACCAACGACGAGUGCGACCCUAAGCUCCACGAAGACUAUGCGGCGCUCCAGAUCCAGAAUGCAACGGGUCUUGCCUAGUUGUACAUGUGUGUCUUGUGCAUGCCAUUCUGUUUGAUGUCGUGCCAAUAGCCCUCCGAUUCAGGGUCGUCCUCGAUGCUUUUAGUGCGGCAGGCGACGGUGCACGCUUUUUUACGCUUGAUUUUUCCCGUUUACGUAAAGCUACAAAGCACGAGCGCUGAUGUUUUAGGUGCUCUAUCGCGCGGCGACUCGACCACAUAGACUCCGACGGUCUUGAGUCAAGUGUGCGCGUGUGCUAGCAUUCUGUCAGCCAUUUUUUUAGUAACGUUACGAGUUUUUGAGGCGGCGACAACGAC